CUGCGUUUAGUUGCUGAGAAGCUAAACCUGCUCAUUCUCAUCCUCUUUCACGCCCGUCUCAGUGUCGUCCUCUUCCCACUUUCAUCCCCCCAAAACGGCGUCAUUCGCGUUCAUCCUCUCGAUCGAGAGACUCGUUGCAGCUUUCUUCCCCUCUCAGUUGAGGGGUUCGGUAUUGGCGGACGAGUUGGGGCAGUAGAGGAAAGCACUCUUUAAGUUGGUGCAAUAGCUGUAUAAGCUAUGUCUACUUCACUUCUUCAAUCAGCUUUCUGUUCCUCCUUCACUUCCCGUUCUUUGCUUACUCAUAAAUAUUUUGCUGCGACUGAUCGUUGCCCUGAUAUCUCACUACGAAACAGGAUCAGGUGUAAUUUAGUUGAGCCACUGAAGUUUAAGAAUGGGAAACCAAAUGAUGUUAUAGUCAAUGGCGGAAAUUCAAUUCCCAGUUUCUUAGCACCAAAUUCUCGUGUUCAUGAUUCAAUUUUCAAAAAUGAUACUCGACUCCGAAUUUUUUCGGGUACGGCAAAUCCAGCUCUUUCGCAGGAAAUUGCCUGCUACAUGGGCCUGGAGCUUGGGAAAAUAAAAAUAAAGCGUUUUGCUGAUGGUGAGAUAUAUGUUCAGCUACAAGAGAGUGUCAGAGGAUGUGAUGUGUUUCUUGUGCAGCCCACAUGUCCUCCUGCCAAUGAAAAUCUUAUGGAGCUUCUUAUAAUGAUUGAUGCCUGUAGGAGGGCUUCCGCCAAAAAUAUUACUGCAGUCAUUCCAUAUUUUGGAUAUGCUAGAGCUGAUAGGAAGAGUCAAGGGCGUGAAUCCAUUGCCGCCAAGCUUGUAGCCAAUUUAAUUACAGAAGCAGGUGCCAAUCGAGUCCUUGCUUGUGACCUUCAUUCUGGGCAGUCUAUGGGCUAUUUUGAUAUUCCUGUGGAUCAUGUUUAUGGGCAGCCUGUGAUACUUGAUUAUCUCGCUAGCAAGACUAUUUGCUCAGAUGAUUUGGUAGUUGUCUCACCAGAUGUUGGUGGUGUUGCUAGAGCACGUGCUUUUGCAAAAAAAUUAUCUGAUGCGCCUUUGGCUAUUGUGGAUAAAAGACGCCAUGGUCACAAUGUUGCAGAGGUGAUGAAUUUGAUAGGAGAUGUGAAAGGAAAAGUAGCAGUUAUGGUAGAUGACAUGAUUGAUACUGCUGGGACUAUUUCCAAAGGUGCCUCUCUAUUGCAUCAAGAGGGGGCAAGAGAAGUCUAUGCGUGUAGUACACAUGCUGUAUUCAGUCCUCCUGCUAUAGAAAGGCUAUCAAGUGGCGUGUUUCAAGAAGUUAUCAUAACAAAUACAAUUCCAGUGGCUGAGAAGAACUAUUUUCCUCAGUUAACAGUCUUGUCGGUGGCAAACCUUCUGGGGGAAACUAUAUGGCGUGUUCAUGAUGAUUGCUCAGGUGGAAUUGAACCUUAUUCCAAUUUGGGCAUUGAUUGAUGAUGGUUCCAGCUCAUGACACUGCAGUAACUACAGAAACAGGAGACUGUAGAGCGAGUUUGUGGAAAAAGCUGUUCUAUUAGGGGUAUGCUUUCUAGCCUGGGCUUGUACAAGCGGUCUUUUACACACGUAAAGUGUAGUUGUAUUCUUUUUUUGGUCUGAAAUUCAUAAUGGGAAGUCUUUCAUGACUCCCUUGGCUCUGGUGAAUUUUAAUUCUCAACAGGUUAAGAAAUGAAAUGCUUGGUCUUUUUAUUCUGCCA